AUGAACUACUUCGAGGACUACGACGAGCCCGUCGGCGACGGCGGGCCAGCGAGCCACGAGCCGCCUGCUGCCAUGGGAUCGCCGCCGUCGCCCGCACAACCCCAUCAAGGCGCAGGUGGUGCAGCUGCAGGCAUGACCAGCCACCCUCGAUCAUCGGGCAAUGUUACGAUAUACCAGACCACGGGCCCCGAUGCUCACACCGCGGCCAUCCUGUCACCUGGCGGCUCGGGUCCUGCCCUGAACCCGCGCUCCUGUGUAACUUGCCGCCGUCGCAAGGUGCGCUGCGAUAAGCAGAUGCCAUGCUCCAACUGUCGCCGCGCACAAAUUCCCUGCAUUUUCCCUGCGCCCGGUCGCGCCCCGCGCCAACAGAAACCAAAGGACCUCAAUGCGCCGCCAAAGAGCUCCAGCCAACGCGAGGUGGAACUGAUCAAGCGCCUGCGCAAGCUUGAGGGCAUCGUUGAGGAGCUGAGCGGACAGAUUGAGGUUGAAUCUGGCAGCGGCCGGCAGGCGCACUCUGAAUCUCCACGCGUUGGCACAACUGGUGACGGCUCCUCGGCCAGCCAAUACUCUUCCAGCCUGGACUUCUUCGGCGGUCGCCCGUCGAGCGAGGGUGGCCACGAUACGAACCCAGACGUUCUGCGAAAGCGAGACGUUGGCCAGCAGUUUGGCCGAAUGGUUCUCGGCGAUCACAAAGGCACAGCCAGGUAUAUCAGUAGUGGUUUUUGGUCGAAGAUGAAUGACGAAAUCGAUGCUAUUCGGACUGAAACACAAAGGCUCACCGACGACGAUGACGAGUCUGACUACGAUGAGUCGCCUAUGGAAACGCCAGACGCACUGGGAGCUCUCAAUGAUCAUCACUCGUUUAUCUUUGGCUACCGAUCCGCCGAUGUUGACUUGAGUAAACUACACCCGCUCCCGUCACACGCAACAUUCCUUUGGUCUGUUUUUCAAGAAAACGUUGAGCCUCUACUCAAGAUCCUUCAUGUACCAACCGUUGAUGCCUUGCUGCGAGAAGCAAGACGAGAUAUGUCUACACUGCUGCCCGCAGACGAGGCCCUGAUUUUUGUGAUAUACUUUUCCGCCAUUACCGCUCUCGAACCAGAAGAGGUCCAGACAAACUUUGGGGCAGACAAGUUUGCGCUUCUCGGACAGUAUCGUUUUGCUGUAGAGCAAGCACUGGCCAAGGCGAAUUUCUUGAACACAUCUGACAUUACCGUUCUACAAGCCUUCACAUUGUUCCUACUUGUCGGUAGGCGACAUGACGACAGUCGAUUUUGCUGGUCUCUGACCAGUCUCGUUGUUCGCCUUGCGCAGGGCAUGGGGCUGCACAGGGACGGCACGCACUUUGAUUUGCCACCCUUUGAGGCGGAGAUGCGAAGGAGGCUGUGGUGGGCGAUCAUUACGCUUGACCUACGAUCCGGAGAGGAGCUUGGCACUGACAUGGUUAUACCUGAUGGAAGCUAUGACACACAGUUGCCUUUAAACAUCAACGACGCCGAUAUAAGCAAAGACUCCACAGAAGUUCCCGAGCAACGCGAGGGUCGCUCAGACUCUGCUGUCGCUGUCGUCAGAUAUGAAAUUUGCGCCAUCGCCCGCCGUAUUCAUUGUGCGUCCUCUGCCAUGGCGUUGCGCCCGGAAACAAGCAGCAUUGCCGAAAAGGAGCAGAUGCUCAUUGAAGUAUACCAGCGCAUCGAGGACAAGUUUCUUCGACAUGUUGUGGAUGAAAUGGACCCCCUGUACUGGGUUGUUGCAAUGAUUACACGUGUCAUCAUGGCUAAGUCUUGCUUGGUGAUAUAUCACCCUCUCCUUUUCCCUGGUGCAGAAGAGCAGCUGUCAAAUGAGGUCCGCCAGAGGCUUUAUGUUGCCGCGAUUGAGAUUAUUGAAUGCAAUCACAAGCUCAGUACUGAUCCACGCUGCAAGCAAUAUCGUUGGCUGUUUAAGACUUACACAAGUUGGCACGCCAUCUCCUACGUCCUCGUGGAAACCUGCCGCAGACCUUGGACGCCGCUGGUAGAGCGUGCCUGGCAUGCUGUAACAGGAUACGAGGGAGACCCGACCGAGCUGGCCAAGAAAGCUGACCACGCCGCGGUGUUCCUCCCGCUGCGCAAGCUUUUUGCUCGCGCGCGACGACAUCGUGUGGCCGAGAUUACCAAACUUCGCGCGAAUCCAGACGAAGCACGACGUCUGGACUUUGCAGAGCGUAUGGAUCCGGAGCCUGCUCGUUUUGGACCUGUUCCUGGUGCAGAGCACAUAAUGGACCAGGCUAGAGAGCGUUGGAGGCUGCUCAUAAAACCUGAAGGUGUCAGCCCGUCGCCAUGGCUCGGCUCGAAAGCAGCAGGCGGAAGUAGCGCAGCGCCAACAGAGGCAAACUCGCAGCCAACGCCAGCGCCUACUGAUGCAAACACCGUCCCUGGACCGCCGAUGCAAGCUGGCCUAACCCCAUCAACCAACGAUGUCAACUACGCAAUGAACUUUGUUGACGUGCUCAUGUCUCAACACAACGUCCCAAUGGCCGACUUUUGGGAUAUUGCAAACUUGGAUCCAGCUGCGACCGACGCGAACCUGUCUUCCCAGCAAGCGCUACAGAAUCAGGCCUUGCCAAUCCAGACUCCCAAGGAUAGUAGUGGCCAGCCCCUUCUCUGGGCUGAUCCAUUCUCUUCUGCCGGAAUCAAGCUUGACGACGUAUUGGCUGAUGAUGCAGAAAUGGGAGAGGAUUUCAAUUGGCAGGAUUGGAGCCAGAGUAUUCGUGGGUUGGAGCUCGGAGCCGCGCAGCCUCAACCUCAGAACCCGAACCAGCGCUGGCCGUGA